AUGAACAAUCACUCCACCUCUCAAAUGUACUUCUGUCCGCCUUCCCCCCCUCCCCGCUUUAGGUUUACCGCGAUAGCCUUCGAUCCGCCGGGCUGCGGUUUCAGCACUCCCCCCGUCCGCGAUUGGAGUGAUCCCGAGGUUCUGCUGCAGGAUGCCAGAGUUGGCGUGAAUUUGAUGCGCCAGCUGGGUCAUCUGCCCUUCUCCUGCAUCGGCUGGUCAGAGGGCGCCCUGUCAGCCAUCCGAGCAGCAUCGUAG